AUGUCUUUUUGUAUGCACAAUGCCGGUUUCACGCGAUCAUGUGACACCCAUGUUCGAAUUAUUCCCCAGCUCAUGCCACCCAAGAAGAACACUGCCAAGAAGCGCGCUGCUGGGGGUGUUGCCCUCAAAGUCAGUGUUCCCCUUGGUUCUCCCAAUCCAUAUGUGGAGGAUCUAUUGCCAAGUGGACCGGCGGCACCUGAGCUGCCUGCAGAGAUCCACAGCCUAUGGUGUAUGAUCUGCCGUGAUGGCGCCGAAGGUGACGUUGUAUUGUACAAGUGCGAUGCUUGCCCGCGCGUUAUGUGCAGUCACUGUAUUGAAGUCCCCACCAGCUAUGUCAACAUUGUACAAGGUGUCGACGUCUUGUUUCUUUGCCUAUCCUGCCAUUCUCUGCGCAGUCUUAGAAAGCCGGCACCCUACUUUGGAUUCUACAGCGCCAACUUGCCUGACAGAGGAGGGCAUCCUGUCCUUCCUCAUUUCCUCCGGCUCAAUGGCAAGUUUGAGGCCGCGUCAUGCACGUUGUUGGCCUCCAUGCCGGUCACCAUCAUUCACUUCAUCAUCAGUGCAACUGAUGAAGUGAUAACGCCUGUCCCCCUCCUGUCGCACUAUUUGGAACACUUUUCCCCAACGGUACUAUCUACUGUAUUUCGGCCUUAUCUUCCUCUUCUCAAGGCCGCCAACAUGGUGCUCCUUGUGUGUGGCUCUAUUGUCACACAUGAGGACGCAUUUGUUGAGCUCAAGCAGGCCAUCCUGGACAUCAAGGUAGCAUCCGCUAUCAUUUUUCCUGCCAAAAGGUUCCAGCCACUGGUCGCCACCAACUUCCUACUGGCCCUAGCGGAACUUGUCAUCAUCGAACAGCUGGAUCUCCACAAAGUCUUUCCCUCUCUGCUCUCCCUCUCCAACCACCUUGGACUACAUUCCAAGAUCAUAUCAAUGACCAGGGAUAACGCCGCCCAUUUUCCCAGGCUUUUAGUCACAACUUACGCACGCGCCCAUCCACAGACACAGCCAUGGGGCAUUGAGGUGCCUUCACAGUGUCCCCUCUGCGGCUCGACCAAUAGUUGGUCGGAGAAAGUCAGUGUGACAGCAUCACAACAGUCUCAAGGUGUCGCCGCUCAAGACCAGGCCGCAGGUGGAAAGUCUCCCCAUAGGUUCCAGAUUGACAAACCUCCGGGUUUCCUUGUCAAUGCCGCUAAGAGCAGGAACAGCGGCUGGUUUCAGUCCCCUUCUGCCAUCUUCCCAUCUCCGUCUGUUCAGUCUGCACCUAUUUCGGCCACAUCUUCCAUCAGCCAAGCCAAACGUCCAAGGAGUAGCAAAGAGAGUUUAGAUGAGACUGAGUCUACUAGGAAGAAGGCGCGCAACUGA